CUCUGUGCCUGUAACUGAAGCCUUAACUGUGUAGCAUUGAAACCUUAAACCUUCACAAGCAUUCUUGGCUUUCCAAAUAACAUCUACCGAGGCAUUUCUGUUUUAUUUCUUUGGUUUUUUUUUCUCUCACCAGCAGGAGAAAAACGGUUGCUGCUGCUGCUGCUGCUGCUGCUGCGAAUGAGUCUUGGUUUUUUUCGUUUGUGAGUUGGGUCGUUGAGUGACGUUCGGCAACAUGGAUAAUGCCAAAACCAAGGCCAAUGAUUUGUACUACCGGGCGCAGCAAAAUGCGCCACUCAACCGAAGGCAGGUGCUAGGAUUGGUUACCAUCCUCGUCGCGGUGGGUACUGUCAUCACCAUUGCAGGCCUCACGCUGACUGGCACCACCAUUGGCUUCUUUCUGUCAUUGCCCGUGCUCAUUUUCUUCAGCCCUAUUCUCGUCCCGCUGGCAAUUUUUGCGUUUUUCGCUAUCAGCAGCCUGUUGGGUUUCGGCGGUUUCGUCUCCUUCGCUGUCUGGGUGUACAAAUACUACAAGGGUGGUCACCCUGUGGGCUCCGAUCAGGUUGACGCUGCACGUUACCGUAUCGCGGAAGGCGCAAAAGAGGUCAAGGACAGGACGUAUGCUGCUGCGAGAGACGUCCAGGGAUAUGUCGCCAGCAAAACCGAUACCAGCGUCGCGGCUUAGAACCAUCAGCUAGACGAGUUUAAUAAUUACGAGAAAAGGCAUACGGCCCCAUUGUUCAUAGCUGUUCAACAAUUUUGUGAAAUUGUGUGAUUGUGUUAUUGUGUGAAA